AUGGGUGUAAGUGUGGAUUCGCGUGAAUAUUUUUUUUGCCACGUUGACCAAUCUUUUAUAAAUACGUGCGUUAAUUUAGGUCAGAGGAAUCCGAAAGCACUUGAAGCGCUUAAAUGCCCCGAAGCACUGGAUGCUCGAUAAGUUGGGGGGCAACUUUGCCCCUCGACCGAGCACUGGUCCUCACAAACUACGGGAGUGCCUUCCCCUUGCCAUAUUCCUGCGAAAUCGAUUGAAGUAUGCUCUCACCUAUGAUGAGUGCACUAAAAUCCUCAAGCAGCGUCUUGUGAAAGUUGACGGCCGUGUCCGUACCGACAGAAAGUUUCCUGCUGGCUUCAUGGAUGUUAUCUCCAUUGACCGCACGAACGAACAUUUCCGUCUUAUCUACGACACAAAGAAACGCUUCGCCAUCCACCGUAUCCACCCAGAGGAAGCUAAAUACAAGCUUUGCAAGAUCCGCAAGGUCUUGACUGGGCCUGGCAACGUUCCUUACAUUGUCACCCACGACGCCCGCACGAUUCGCUACCCCGACCCUGAAAUCAAGGUUAACGACACCGUUCAGAUCGAUCUUGCUACAGGAAAGGUUUUGAACUUUAUCAAAUUCGAGCCUGGUAUGUCUCAAUUCACAUCUGACCUUUCCAUCUAGGAAAUGUAUGCAUGGUGACUGGUGGUCACAACUUGGGCCGCGUCGGUGUUAUUACCCAGUGGGAGCGUCACCCUGGCUCAGUGGAGAUGGUGCAUGUCCGUGAUAAUACUGGACACCAAUUCGUCACUCGGUUGAACAACAUCUUCAUUAUUGGAAAAUCCAACAAAGCCUGGGUUUCUCUACCGAAGGGCAAGGGCAUCCGCCUAAGCAUCCUGGAAGAGCGCGAUCGCCGUCUGAGAGCCAAGCGUCAUGGUCAUUAA